CACUUGUUCAUGCACCAAUAAUUUGGCAAAUAUAGUUUCUUGCAAAUAUAUUUAUCCAUAGUUUUCAAGAACCCUGCUCACGCAUUGCAAAUAUUGCCGUAUACCAAAUCAUCCUGAUCUUAUGUUAACUUUCAUAUAAAGGAUUGUACUGAGAAUUUCUGAGGCUGUGGACAGCUUGCAUUUGCGCUUUUUCGCCGAUUUAUUUUGCCACAUUUAGCUUAAUGCGGCGCUUAAAGAUUUUUUACGGUGUUUUAAUAAUUUUUUCUGCUUUUGAUUUGCAUUAUGUUACAGCCGAGGUAUUUGCUUCUAUGGCGGAUGUCGAAACGCUCAUCAACACUGAGAAAUUAGUCUUGGGCACGCUGCAGAAUCUUCUGCAGCAGGAGCGCCAAAAGUUAGCCGAAGCUCUGCGCUACACAAAACAGAUUCGAAAUGGAACGUCAAAUGGCAGUGCUACAGCUAUCGCAAGCGAUGAACUUGAAAAUCCCGUCAAAAUGUUUCAGACACUGAAACAGCACUCUUCAGAUUUCAGUAACGUCAUAGAUUCCGCUUCCGCUGACACCUUCACUGACCGCAAUCGUUCCAUCCAAAAGUUGCGCAUGUCUCGAGCCUUUCCGGAUAAAGAGGACAUCGAAGGAAAUGCUGACGCCUUUGCCCGACUGCAGUUAACAUACCGCAUCCACCCCCAGGAUAUCGCCCGGGGCCGCAUUCCCGGCACCCGUCCAACAAUGCCCUUUACAUCGCGCGAAGCCUUCAUUAUCGGACACAACCAAGCGGGAAACAAAUACUUCAACUCGGCUGCAGCGUGGUUGCAAGUAGCACUGGAGAUCUACCAUGAAGAGGUGGAGAAAACCGGCGAUCUUCCGGAAAUCCUAGAUUGGCUACAGUACGCCAUCUAUCAAGACACUGGAAACGCGGUACGAGCGUUGGAAAUAACGCGACAAGUACAGGAACUCGAUCCGACGUACCCCAGUCUGCAGACCAAUAUCAAUUUCUAUGAAGAAGCGAUUCCGAAGCUGACGGAUGAGGAACUGGCAGUAUUCCGCAAUGCACCCGAUGCAACGGAAGCGUUCGAUACCAACUCGCUGGAUUACGUGAAUGAGACGAAUGCAGCAUACGAGGCGUUGUGUCGUGGUGAAGAACGCUUGACUCCCGCCCAGACUCGGGAACUAAAAUGUUACUACGAGACUCACGGAAAUCCAUAUUUGUUAAUUCAACCUGUCAAGGUGGAAAUGUUGAGCAAAGAUCCGGAAAUAUUCGUCCUCCACAAUGUUAUUUUUGAUUCCCAAGCUGACCGCAUUCGCAAAGUGGGCUAUGAUCACUUGAUGCGGGGCCGUGUUAUGGACGGAAAAGAGGCCAGAGGAAGUGUCUCCAAAGUCAGGAUAGCAAAAAUAGCGUUUCUGACGGAAGCGGUCGAUCCGGUAAUUGCUGAGGUUAACCGUUACAUCGGUCAUGCUACCAAUCUGGAUAUCAACAUAGCGGAAGAUUUGCAGAUCAAUAACUAUGGCAUUGGGGGUCAUUAUUCCGUGCAUUACGAUUUCUUUACCAAUUUGCAUGAUUUAUCAACAACCAACGGACCGGUGGUCAACUUCACCAAUUGGGGCGACCGCAUUGCGACUUUCCUAGCUUACAUGACCGAUGUGGAGGCCGGGGGCGCCACCGUCUUCCCCCGGAUAAACUUGACCUUGUUUCCAGAAAAGGGUUCCGCAGCGUUUUGGUACAACAAGUUUAAGGACGGUCAACCGGACCCGCGGACACUGCAUGCCGGGUGCCCGGUGUUAUCCGGCAUCAAAUGGGUAUCUAACAAGUGGAUCAGGGAGCACGGUCAAGACCGGCAACGACCGUGUGGACUGGCGCCUGACGGGUUUGAAGAUUUAAUUGGUGUUUUGGAUGGAUAUGGCGAUGGUUAUUAGAAUUUUUAGCUGAUCGGAACAGCUGAAAUAUGUUUAACAUUUUAUGAUGGCAGGGUUGCAUCAUACAGUUUCGAAAUGUAAGAAUGCAAUGCAGGUGUUAGUAAAUGGUUAGCACACAAUUAUAAUUUAACCGUUAUCAUCUGAUGCCUUUUUACAUUUAAAUGCUGUGUGCAAAUGGCCGGUUUUGUCUUUCUAAAGAAUUAACCGCAAGUUGUAUGUACAAUUCUUAACGCGUCGAGCGUCAUACAUUUUGUCCCGGCUCGGCUAAAACAACAAAAAACUUUAUAAAAAUAAAAAGGGUAUGUAGUA